CAUUACUUACUCCUGUUUGCAUUGAUUGGGUUUUAGCAUUCUCACAUGUAAAUGAAAUUUAAGCCAUAAGUUUUACGGUCGUCUUUCCGCUCCUUACCACAUCUACUAUUCUUUGUACAUCCUACAAUAUGGAAAGCAGGAUGACCAAUUCAGUCCGCAUUCGUUCUAUCACUAAAAAGGAUGUCUCAGUUGUUUUUCAGUUCAUCAUUGAACUCGCAGAUUUUGAAGACGCUAGAGACCAAGUAGAAGCCACGGAAGAAAGUCUAUUACAUGCUUUUGGAUUUACGAAUUCGAAACCUACUGCUUAUUGUCUUUUCGUUGAGGAGAAUGAAAAUCCUGUAGGAAUGGCAAUUUAUUUCCUAAACUUUAGUACUUGGACUGGUCGAGUUGGCAUAUACCUGGAGGAUUUAUAUAUUCAACCAGCGCAUCGUGGUAAAGGUUAUGGCAGCUUCUUACUCUCCUACUUGGCUCGUGAGUCUUUGCAAAUUGGAGGAAAACGCUUAGACUGGAUUGUGCUUGAUUGGAACCAAAAGGCUAUUGAUGUAUAUGAAAAAGCUGGAGCUAAAAAGAUCGAUGGAUGGAGCAUGAUGCGCGUUACAGGCGAUAACUUAAAGAGCUUAGCCGACAAACUACCUGACAAUCUUUAGUAGAGUUUAUCUUUAUAUGUAAAUCUUUUAUGUCGGUUCACGGAUAAGUUGCUUAUUACAUGUUUAGCAACUAGGAAAUUGCUUCGUGGCCAAAGAAACUACCAUGUUGUCUUUUAAGUGUAACUGCUGGAAACCUUAAUAUUAUGUUCUUUUCGAUGAAUGCAUACUUUUUUGGGGUGUUAUAAAUUCCCAAUUUGACUUUACCCUCAAGUAUGUUCCAAUCUAGCUAGUCAUCAUGUAGGAGGGACGCUAUUUAUAUAAACGU